UUCUUGUAUAGCUCCUGUGGUUUCUUGCCUGGCAUUGAUCUGUUUUGUAUGCACAACAAAAUUGUUAUUGUGCAUGUGAAAAAAAGUAAAGGCUGGCUAUGUAGAUUCUUCGGUCUGCAUUAAAAUGGGUUCCUGGUUAUAACCUUUUUUUUUAAGUGUGAGAAACUAGACGAUAAUUGGCUUUAAAUGCCCGGACUAUUCCUUGUGGAGCCAAGUUACAUAAAGUGAAUGGAUCUGCGAACAAAUUAGAAAGGACCGUGUUGACAAUUCCUUUAUAUCAGGGGAUAAUGCAAUCAAUAAGCAUGCAUCACUGGUUCCUAUUGACAGUGAUAUGGAGAGAGAGGGAUGAAUAAACCUCUCGUUAGCUGCAUGUUGAGGAUUUUGUCUACAUGUCUAAAUGUUGAACACCUGUCGGGUCCUAUGGAUAGAGAUACUUAAUUUACUGUUAUGUGGUUUACCUGUGGGAUUGGCCAUUGCUUACUGAAGUGAAGUCAAACUUAAACAGAUUCACAAAGAUGUCAUACUCUAGUACUUCUAAGCACUCUCUGUGAAGUCGGCUGGAACAUUUGAAUAUUUCUGUGAUUUGGAGUGAACGUGUGUUUUUUUAUUCCCUAAAUACUGUGGACUCAUUGAGUGGGAUUUGCUGGGUGAUUGUAGUCGGUGGGAGUCUUUGGAGCCCUCUGUACCUGACAGUUGGCUGCUCCAUCCACACAAUGAAUCGCCGUCCCUGAUGACUGAAGUGUACAGUGUACACCUAUUCCACCACUGCUGAAGUCUGGGGCCAGAAUCUCAUUUAUUGGUGGCCAAAGUCCGGGGCAAGAAUCUCUCAGAAUCUGACCAGCCCUUGCUAUAGUCUGGGGACAGAAUCUCACUCCCCAGUCGCCGGCAGUCAGCCAGGAUAAACAAAACUUUUAGUGUUGAUGUAAGGAGAUAAUUCGUGACUGAUUAUCCUCGGGUUGAUUGGCCUGUAGGUAGGCCGGCUUUGUGAGAGGUUGUGUAUAUUUUGGUCAGGUCUUUAGAUACAGUGUCAGACUUUUGAUAAGACUUUAGGACACCUACGUUAUGUAUUGGUGACGCCCUGAUCCCAUUGUACCUGCUGAUCAGCGGAUUAGGAUUACUGUAAAAACAGCCAUACACUAUCGGACACUGGCUGCCUGACCACGUCAUAAAUAGAGCCACAGUCAGCGAGAUGAAGGUCUCCUGAAUGAAGACAGUGAUUCAGUGACUACCGUUGGGAUAGUAUCUACUAUUCGGUGAAUACAGACACUGAGUUUAUGACUGUAGUCUGAAAGUAGUAGCGACAAUUUGGUGAAUGAAAGUUAAGGUUAGUAAGUGAAUUUUUUCAUGGAGGAGUGUUGGUGACAUUUUCCGGUCAGUAAGUGAGCGUUCUCUGGGAGAGACAUGAGUGAGGAUACAGACACGGUCCGCCUGGUGGAGGUGGGACUGGAGGACUCAUCCUACGAGGCCCCCACCCAGGCCCCACAGUUCUCGAAAAUCGUGUUCCCCUUCCCAAAAACUAAUGUCAUGCUGGAGAUGCCUCCCGACAACCAGCCAUUGACAGGGCACCAGAGUCUCAACUCGAUCUCCAGCAACAGCACAGCUCAGACUCAGCCACAGAGUGAGUCAGGCUCGAGUUUGUACGGGACUCAGUAUCACGGAGCGGAGGCUUGGUGGAGUAUGGGCGAGUUCCUCCACCAGGGGCUCACUCACCAGAGUGUCGGAUUAUCCAUCCACGGCAAGAACGAUGACGACACAUGGGACCUGAGUGACUCGAUCGCUGAUCUGUACAUGGAGGUCUCGGAGAGGGAGGAACAGGAGAGGGACAAGUCCAAGGGCCAGCUACGCGAGUCAAAGACCGAGGUGGACAGGAAGUGGCUGGAGAAGGACACCAGUAAUGGAUUCGUGCGAGUGUUUCAGCCGGACUCGGAGGUGUCUAAAGUGUUCCCCUGUACUCUGUCAACCUCCGCCCACAAACUCUGCCUACAGUGCGGGCGACCCCCCAACUCCAUGCACAUUCAGUUAAAUGGGGACAUUAUUCGGAGGCUGGAGCCGUUUGACUGCCCGCUGGCCAUUCAGAAUGAAUACCUUCAGAACGUGGGCUACAAGGACACCAAGAAGAUUCAGCAGAUGGGGCUGUGUCCCGACCUCUCCUGGCUUGUCAAGUUCUAUGCAGGCAAGCCGAUGUCAGACGGUACGUACUCCCGGAACCAGCUGACGAGGUACGCAUACGUACGAAAGGGGAAGCUACUCCACCAGUGGGUCAGACGACUGUGUGUGGUGUCGGGGACACGCCUACUUAUAUACAGAGACAAAAGCAAGAGUACCAAGCCGACGGUGGUCCAGCUCGCGAAGGGUGAGGUGGAGGAGGUCACGGUCAAAGGUCACGACCGCUGUCUGAAGGUCACCUCCACCCAGCAGGGUGACCGCUCUGUUUACCUGUCCUUCGACAGUGACACAGACUACUCCAAGUGGCUCCGCAAAACCAAAAAGGCUACAGCAAAGCUCCCCUCUAAGGCGGAUCUGUCCAACUGUCACCUGGAGUUCUUGCCGGAGACAGUGUUCAUUAAUGAGGACCUGAAGUGUCUGAACCUGCGACACAACGCCCUCAAGGAGCGUCCUAUUGAGGAGGACAUCUACACCAUCGGGUGGCUGGACGACCUACCAAAAUUCCACAGUCUGUGUAGCCUGAAUCUAGCAGACAAUAACCUGUCUAACUUCCCAAAUGCCAUCUGCCAGAUGAAGACGCUCACCGAACUCAACAUAGCCUCCAACAAAAUCAGAGAGAUCCCUUCCGAAAUAGUCCACAUGUCCAGCCUGCAGAUGUUACACAUCCACAACAAUCACCUGAACUCACUACCCACAGAAAUGAGUGAGAUGAGCUCGCUCAAGAUCCUGGUUCUUGCCUUUAACCACUUUACCACAAUCCCAGAGGUCCUCCUCCAAUCUCAGAAUUCCAAAUCUAAUUUGGACAGCAUUAUCAUGGCAGGGAACAGGGUGGAGAAAUUACCACACGAGGUGUUGUGUAGGAUGCAGCACAUCAAGAAGAUCGACCUCAGAAUGAACAGCCUCUCCUUACUACCGAGUGAGACGGCCAAGUUCCACUUCCUGGAACUGGUGACCCACUUAGACGUGAGGGACAACCAGAUUAAGGACCUGGACGUCCGGUCCCUGAAGUCUCUGGAAUACCUGAACUGUGAGAGGAACGGCAUGCAGAGUCUGCAGGUCAACGGCUCCUCCCUCAAAAACCUGUACGCCACCGAUAACGUGUUGGAAACAUUUUCAGUCAAUCCAAAACCUGAGUGGCUUGUCAAUCUGGACAUCUCAAGAAACAAGCUGCCCUGUCUCCCCUCUUGGGCCUCCGAGUGCUUCUUUAUGGUCAAACUCGAUGCUAGUCAUAAUGUGAUAACAGAUCUUCCUCCAAGGUUGUUCUGUGACGCCCGUAAGCUAAAGGUGCUGAACCUAAGUCACAAUAAGAUCUCUGAGGUCCCCUCGGACCUCCAGAACUGUGUGUUGGAGGACCUCCACUUGGAGCACAACUGUCUGACUCUGUUACCUGGCCACCUCAUGCUGCAGGCCAGCAAGUUGAAGUAUUUGAACCUGACAGGAAAUGACCUCCAGUCUGUCCCACAAUUCAGUUUUACCCACAGUUCCCGGCUGCAUGAGCUGUACCUCUCUGACAACAGAUUGGAGGAUGACUCGAUCCCCUUCCUGUGUACCUUCACCAAGCUCAGAACUCUACACAUCGCUCACAACAGAAUCACAGAAAUCAAAAACAGAGACAUAGUGAAGCUGGAGAACUUGCAAGAGAUCAAUUUAUCAGGGAAUGACCUUCGAACUCUGCCCUCUAACCUGGGGAAACACCCCAAGCUCCAGAUCAUCAGGGCCAAUGGUAACCACCUGAAGGAACUCCCCGACUUCAAACGGGCCAACAACCUCAAGGUGCUUGAGGUUGGAUCCAACCGUCUGUCGGAUGUGUCGGUCACCAAUCUUAUGGGGUCACAGGUGAAGCUGCUGGACAUCUCAGGAAACCCAGACAUCAUGGUCAAAAGUAGUGAACUGAGGGGGCUCAGCUCUGUGAAGAAGAUCUGUACAGUGGACAUGCGGGGACAGAACCGGUCACUGUUGGACCUUAGACAGGCGCCAUUUGAGAGCGGGGGGUGUCCCUGGCAGACAGGACUGUCCCUGACCUCAGGGAUGAGAAACAAACUUGGUGUUUCCAUCCUGAACAAACCCCAGUUCACCAACGAGGUGGAGGGUCUGUUUGGAGUGUUUGAUGGAGGUCGUAAUGAUGAGGUCAUCAAGAUCAUUGAUGAUGUAAUCAGUGACACAGUGCUGGAGGAGGCCAGGCAGGGCUCAGCCAAUCAGAACAGUCUGAAGUAUGCCAUGCUGUCCAUUCACAGCAAGCUUCAGUCUACCGGACAGAAGGUAGGAGCGGCGGCGGCUGUGUGUCACCUUAAGAAGGAGGACAACCACUACAGCCUCAGUAUGGCUAACGUCGGAGAUGUUGAGGUGGUGGUUUGUCGCCGUGGUGAGGUGGUGCCUAUCUCCAGGAGGUUCCUUGUCCAGAGUGACCACCAGGAGUGCAACCGCAUCUGCAAGUCUGAUGGAAUUAUCACCGAGGAUGGGCGAGUGUAUGGGGUGACCUUCCAGACCCGUCUCCUAGGGAGCAGCUUUCUGUACCCCCACGUGAUUCCUGACCCCCACCUAGUCCAGAUGACUCUUCACCAUGAUGACCAGUUCAUCAUCAUAGCCAAUCAUGGCCUCUGGAAAUACAUCACCUACGAGGACGCAGUCAGUCAAAUAAAGAACAUUCCUGAUCCAGUCAUUGCUGCCAAACGUUUACAGGACCUUGCACAGGGAUACGGAUCAAAGGAAAGCAUUGGAAUUCUUGUGAUCAGACUGUUGCUGUCCGAGAAAGAAAGAAACAAAAUGAAGACAAUUUUACAGAAGCAGUUUCAGGCUGAGCAAGAAUUGCUGGCAGUUCUAAAAGAAAGGGAUGUGGUUCGAGAUGAAGAAAAGAGAAAAAAGAAGGAGGAAAUUGCACAAGAAGACGAGAGCGUUCCCAUGGACAUUCUAAAACUGAGGAAACACGCUAAGAAGAGAAUGCAGGCAUUCGAUGUGUUCCAUGAAGAGGGCGGUGAUUAUGUAAGUCUGGCAUUGAGUGCCGCUAGAUCCGGGGAGAACUGGGAAGAGGUUCUACAGAAGCGCCUGGCAGAAGAAGUAAAAAACAAAGAGCUCAGGCAUCUGUUUGAUGACCCAAGCAAAGAAACGGAUGCCAUGAACGCAGCAUUUGAGAUGGGCUACAAUGGAGUAGAAUCAAACUGGAACACAGACGAUAAAAACAAGAAAUACAAGAAGAGGUUUCAUGCACCUGAUCCUAAUGUGAACAUCAUCAGUCCGGUGAACUAUCAGCCCAAUGCGUUGAUCAAUGCCAGUCCUUCCCUGGAGUCUGUAGAGUUUACAAAGGAUUAUGCUGGUUCUUCCAAUGUGGACAGGGACGCUGUGCUGUUUCAUCAAAUGCAGAUAGCGCGCUCCAAAAGCAGGAGCACAGACAGCAUGGAUUCCAUACAGUCUGUCCCAAAUAGCUCCUCCUACAAGGAUGUUCCCGUGGCAACCAAGAGUUCCUCCCACAGCAUAGAGGUCCUCAUUCACAAGCCUCACCAUGGUUCAUGGGAGGAGCGCCUAGGAGGGUCUCAGCCAAGUUACUUACCCACCCACCAACGCAAUCUGUCCCUCCAAGACUUUGACUGGGAAGUGCCCCACUCGUGUCCUAACACCAAGUCCAUAGAAACAGACCAGGUGACCAUUCAAGCACUGGACAGGAAGAUGGAUGCUUCAAUGAACAAUUUAUUCGAGACUGAAGAUCAAACUAAGAGUGAUUCCCAGGAACGUCUGCUACCUUCUAAUGAGGGUGAGGAUGAGAGAGAGUCUUCAGAAAUGUUUGUGGAUGAUACCAUUGUGAGUGGGUAUAAAACGGCUCCAACACUCAAAGACAAAAAACAGAGAGCUCCCCCACCCCCUCCCCUCCCCCCUCGUGUGUCCCUGGAGGAUUUGUAUGCCAAACCACAGAAGAAGGAACGAAGGGCUCCACCCCCACCCCCUUCCCAUGACUUAUACCAAAGGGAGAGAACCCAAAGCAAGGAAGAUGAGGACAGAGUUACGAUACAAAUUGUGAAACCAGUUGUUCCACCCAGAACCUAUCUGUCCAAGUCAGAGUCGGUCGACAGUGCUCAGUGUGGGAGGAAGCCGACCGAUUCCCUCCUGGCUCUACAUAGAGGGAACGUGUUGAAUAUCCGUGCCAAGUUUGAAAGUGACAACAGUUCGACCUCAAACAAAUCCGAAAACAAUGUGGACUAUAUACUGACUCCAGAAGUAGUGGACACUCAGGCGAACGAGAAUAAAGGCUACUUGAAGCACGAGCCAGAUGUGAAUUCGAACUCUCUCACUAGCCUACAGAACUUUUACUUCGCUCUACAGAACGGGACAAGCUCCAAUGGUUACCAUGACAACUCAGAUGGUCCAUUCAACACGCCCUCCCUGGAGUCCCUCCUACACAAGUCGCUGAGUCAGCAAAGUGUCAUUGAGACCUACUUAUAGCACAAAAGAAAGAAUGGAUGCCUAACAAACUGCAAAUUUAAGAUGUGUUGAUAAAACAUUUUCCUUUUAUAUCUUUUUUUAAAAUUUAUUUUUAACCAUUUCAUAUGUGCAAUAUGUGAUUAUGUGAAAAAAGUCAUUUAUUAAAACACUAAAAAAUCCUAA